AUGUGGACCAAGAGGUUAAAACUAUGGAGGUGUCUGUGCAUACUGUUUGCCGUGUCGACGCUCGCGCUCGCUGCGAGAGCUGAUGACGACGUACCUUUAGAAUCACAAUGCCGUCCAUACAUCGAAAAGGCUCUAAAGGAGCUAGAGUCAGGAGACACAGAACCAGAUACUGCAGAGAAGCCAGAUUCUAGUGAAUUAAGUAUAGAUAGUGAAACAAAAGAAGACAUUUCGACAGAAGAUGGAGGUUUAAUAGAAGAAAGUCAAGAACAAAUAGAUAGCGGAGAAGAUGAUGCGCCAUCCGUAGAAGUAGCGGAUGAGCCGUACAUGUCCCAAGUCUCCUACGAAGACGAACAAGAAAGCCCAGACGAAAACGAAUCGAAAGAGGAUGCUACAGUAGAGGAAAAUGUGAUCACAGAAGAGAGUGAUGAACAAACAGCAGAAGAUGACGGAGACAGUAAAGAAAAAGCAUCUGCUGAGGAAAAAGACGAAAAUGAAAGUGGUGAAGAAUCCGAAACCCAAGAUGAGAGUAAUGAAGAAGUAGGCCCUGAAGAUUAUACUAAAGAAGAAUCACAAGAACAGGACGAACAAAAUAGCAAGGAAGAUGGCGGUGAGAGUCUUGAAGAGACAGAGACAGACACUCGGGAAGAAUUAAGUGAAGAAACCGCAGCUUCUGCAGAGGAAGAAGAUAAAAAAGAAUCUACUGAAGCAUCUGAAGAAGAACCAACUCAAGGCGAAGAAGUUGAUGGCGAAGAAAGUAAAGAGGAAAAUAAAACCGAGGAAGAUGGAUCUCAAGAAAAGGCUGAAAUAGAUGAGGCUGUGGAAGAAAGCAAAGAAGAUGUUGAUUCUCAAGAAGAUAAAACAGACUCCUCACAAGUUGAAGAAAACAAAGCUCAAUCUGAAGAAGAAAAAGAAGAAAGCCAAAAGGAUGAGUCCGUAGAACAAACGCAGGAAAGUGCAGAAGAAACACAACAAGACACUGAGGCAGAAGACGGUGACAAAUCUGAGGAAACUGGUUCAGAAGAAAAAACAGCUGAAGCAUCUGAAGAAAAAACUGACGAAGCAUCUGAAGAAAAUGUAGAUGAAGCACCUGAAGAAGAAAGUGAAGAGGCUUCUGAAGAAGGUGAAGGUGCUCCUGAAGAAGAUUUAUUACUGAUUGGAGAAAUACCCGAAAAUUUAAGAAGCCGUGAACACAUCAUCCAAGUCUUAAGGUUAGAUGAAGAAGCAAGUGAAUCAGAACUUAUUAUCGAGAAAUCAGCUGAUAUCGUUCUUCGAGACUUGAAACGGGUUUACGAGAGUUCAAUAAAACCGUUAGAAGUUCUGUACAAGUACAGAGAUUUAAGUAAUAGGCAUUUCGGCGAUCCGGAAAUCUUCUCAAAGCCUUUAGUACUCUUCAUGGGACCCUGGAGUGGUGGAAAAUCGAGUAUAUUGAACUAUCUUACUGGCUUGGAAUUCACUGAAUGGUCGUUGAGAACUGGGGCAGAACCAUCACCAGCUUAUUUCAACAUUUUGAUGCACGGUAAAGACCCUGAGGUCUUAGAUGGCACUCAGCUAGCCGCUGAUUGGACAUUUUCUGGGCUUCAAAAAUUCGGGCAAGGAUUGGAAGAACGCUUAAGGGGUCUAAGGUAUCCCAGCAAGUUAUUGGAGAAGGUGAACAUCGUAGAAAUACCUGGCAUAUUGGAAGUAAGGAAGCAAGUAUCCCGAGUGUUCCCCUUCAAUGAUGCUUGCCAGUGGUUCAUUGACCGCGCAGAUAUUAUAUUCCUUGUGUAUGAUCCUUCUAAACUCGACGUUGGCCCGGAAACAGAAGCUAUUCUAGAUCAGCUAAAAGGCAGGGAAUCUCAGACGCGUAUAGUCCUUAACAAAGCAGACAUUGUAAAACCCGAAGAGCUGAUGCGGGUACAGAGUGCAUUAAUUUGGAACAUUUCUCCCCUCAUGAGUUCACCACAGCCUCCGGUUAUGUACACUGUGUCUCUCUGGUCUAUGCCCUUUGAAGUAUCCGCUCCUGUAAGGCUGCUGCAGGCUCAAGAGCGCGAGCUCUUGCGUGACCUGCGACAAGCGAUAGACAGGCGCAUUGAAAACAAAAUUGCCAGCGCUCGGCGGUUUGCUGUGCGUGUAAGGAACCACGCUAAAAUGGUGGACUGUUACCUAACCACCUACUACAACCACAAGACGAUCUUCGGCAACAGGAAGCUGAUUGCAGACGCCAUUAUUGAGAGUCCUCAGAAUUAUCACAUCUACGAGGGUCUCAGCACGCUUACUAACAUUUCUAGGUACGACCUUCCCGACCCUGACACCUACAGAGACUUCUUCCGUCUGAACCCUCUGUAUGAGUUCCAGCAGCUAUCGGCCACUUGCACGUACUUCCGUGGCUGCCCCAUCACCAAGCUGGACGUGGCAAUCGCCUACGACCUUCCUGAGCUUGUCGGGAAAUACAAGAAGAUGGUCGAAACUGCCACCCCCCAGGGAAUGCCCAAGAGUUGA